CGCAAGCGACGACGUUUGCUCGCCGAGGUAACAGGUGUAGGAGCUCGUCAAUUCGGAAAGAAUCAAGAGAAUCUCAUCGGCAAUGAUGAGAAUACUUCACAAAACCUCACAAAGUCUUUUGGAGGUGUUGUCUCUGAAGAGGACAUGGUUACCACCCUCCGUACUUUGCUGACAUUGGAGCAGCAUACUGAUGUGUUCCGAUCAAAACUCCAACAGACAGCCACUGCAGCGUCUGGCAUGGUCGGCCGUAUCUCUGAUGCUUUGGUGGACGGCCGAUGGAAUGAUGCUAUGUCGGCGCUGGAGGAGAUGAGGUCCCGAGGCCAGGUGCCCAAGUUAGGGGCUCUGCAACGGUGGGUGCGCGACUGUGAUGCAGCAUCUGCAAAGAGUGGUGCAUUCGGAGACCCUGUUGUGUUGAGACUCCUAGACUCAAUACUUAGAACAGUGGAUCCUUCUAUGAUCCCCAAAAAAGUCAGUGUAGAUGGUCAAGAGGAGUCCCCUGUGAGAAUGCAUCCAAUGUGGCACGCAUUCCCAAGAGUGGAUGACAAUGUCCAGAAAUAUGAAGCUGCCUUGGCAAAGACCUUGUUUUCGGAGGAAGAGGCAGAACACUACAGGGCCUCGUUUAGAAUUGUUUCCCAUCAAAAAGGACCACUCCGCCGGACUCCGAACCUACAUGAUUUCACACUUUAUCUUUCUAAGCCCGAUACCGUCCGUUUGUGCUACCGAGACAAUCCUGCAGUACAACCUCCUGUCGAACGCAUCGACAUGCCGCAUGUGCCGGGUGCAUUCUUACUAAAAGAUGUACUCACUCGUAAAGAAUGCCACCAGAUGAUCUCAGCUGCAGAAUCCGUAGGAUUUACUCCCGAUGUCCCCAUUGUCGGAAAGACCAGUGGUGAUGGACGAGGAGCUGUUGGCAUCAAUUCGAGAUGGAGGGUUUAUCGGUACGUUCCUGGAGCUAUCUAUCGCAUUCAUGUAGAUGGGCAAUGGCCAGGUAGUGGCCUAGAUCCAGUGACAGGAAAGUACUUGUAUGAUGCAUAUGGGAGUAAGAGGUUGUCUCGGCUUACGUUCUUGGUUUAUUUGAAUGAUGAGUUUGAGGGUGGCGGAACUACUUUUUUUACUCCUUCCGCUGAUGUUGGCUUCAUGGAUGCAAGGGCAGUCUCACCGAGAGCAGCAGCAGGUAGCCUGCUCCAUGAAGGAUCUCCAGUACUCAAAGGAGCCAAAUAUAUCAUUCGAGCCGACGUCCUUUAUGAAAUCCCAGAGUGAUUAUAGCAUAAGAUAUAUUUAUUGUUUUAUGGAUAAAAGAAUGUGAUACCAUCAGGUGUAAGUGUAGCCUUGCAGCCCUUUCUGAAA